ACUUACUUACUCUUCAUCCCCAUCUUAGUCUUCGAAAACGCUUCAUGAUAGAACACGUCGUUCUCCUACCUCAUCUGAAGACGGUAACAUCCGCAGCUCCGAUAUCGUGGAAAUAACCAGUGUGCUUCCGACGACUCGAAUCACACAGGUCCUGCAUAUGACGCAGGAUGCAAGUCUUUAUUCAACCAUUGCUCGCAGCAAUUCGGUGACCGACCUAGGCUGUUCUCUGUGCAAGAGGGACAAACGUGUCAACUGUUGACUCUGUGUUAAAGUUCGCUGCGCAACCAGAAACCAAACGCAAAACAUACCGACGCCAUCAUGGAGGGCUUGCGUCGUCAACUCGGCACCGGGAUGACUGUGCUGAUGAUGUUCCAUCUUGUUCUGUCGAGGUCGUAACGCCCAGGCGGAUCGUGGGAAAUGCUUACGCAGCGCAGCGGUGAUUGGCGCAUGGAGGAAACUCCGCCUCAGACCACGCCUCUUACACUCAUUCUUGUCUUUUGGCCACAACAGUCAUCAACCAACCAACUCACUCAGCUCCUCUUCCUCGUCGCCAUGCUUGUCGACAAUACAUUUAAUUUUCAGCAGCCUGCCUUUGAAGAUUUCUUCAACAUGGACUUGCUGGCAGGUCCUUCGACCGGGAACGCCUCAAGUUCAGGCAGUUCCUCUCGCUCAUCCUCUCAUUCACCCUCGUCUGCUUUCGCUGCACUUCCCCCGACCCCACCGAAUCCAUAUACGGUUCCCGAUGUUCAAGCGAACGACUUCUUCAACUUUUUGGACGACGAUUUCACCAAGACGAACCCCCUCGCGCCACCCCCAACGGUUGCUGCUCCUUUUGAUUUCCUCGGAUCGUUUGAUCCAUCAUUCUCAUACGGCUCAGCAAUGCAGAGCAGCAGUCCUGAUUCUGGCGUGGGUUCCUCUGGAGGUUCGCACUCUACUGCUGAAUCACCCGGCAUCGAUCCCUCACUCGUCGGUACUCCCUCUGGGUCAAAAGCGAUGAGCGACUUUGAUGAAGAGGAGGAACACGAGAAUGCCCAUGAACUGGAGACUAUCCUCGAGAGCCCCCUGGAAGACGAUUCUAUCACCCCUGUCAAGGUUGGCGGAAAAGGAAAGUCUGCCCGGAAAGGAACUGUUCAGUCCGGAGGCGUGGUGAAGAAGUCCGGCGGUACAGCGCUGAAGGAUAAGAUGGAGAAUCAGCCGGCGAUGCUUUCGACAACGUCCAUGGAGCCGGACGAUUGGCGGCCAACACCGGAGGAGUAUAAGAAGAUGUCCUCGAAAGAGAAACGACAGCUUCGCAACAAGAUUAGCGCGCGCAACUUCCGUGUCAGGCGAAAGGAAUAUAUUAAUACGCUUGAGGGCGAUAUUGCUGAGCGUGACAGGCUUAUUGACCACAUUCGUACCGAACUCCUCGGUACGAAAUCUGAGAACUCUGCUCUGCGCCAGGAAAUUGCGGCGUUGAAGAAAGCUCUCCUCGAUGGACGUGGACGAUCUGACACCCCCGUUCUUCCUCCUCCUGCUCCUCUUCCUGCUGUCUCCGCCGCUAUGCAAGCCCAGAAGACUCCCAAGGGUCCUCUCCUCACCCCCAACACCCACAAAGAUUUGCCCACCUCACCUCGACUCGGUGCUCGCAGCUUCUGGGGCGGCGCUGCAAGCGGUCUUGGUGGAUUUGGUGGUAUUACACCAGUACAUACGACUCUCAUUCCUGAAUGGAGUAGUGUACUUUCUGGCAAGCCUGUCUCCGGUGGUAACGCAGAACGACGACCGUCGCUACAGGAAAAUAUCAACCCGACGCUCAACGGUUUCACUGCAAGCACUGUUGCCGGCUUUGGUAUGGGUGUCACUCCUCAGAAGAACAACAACCAACAGGAGAAGAUGCAACUCCCAUUGAACAACAACUUCGAUGCAUUUGCCGACAAGAAUCUAUUCACGCUCAAAUCGAUGGAAGACUUCCGUAUGCAGCUCUGGACACGUAUGGGUCAACAACAAGCACUGCUUCGUCAACAACAACAGGCACAGCAAGCAAAGGAGCAGCCUUCUCCUCUCAAUGGCCUUGCCAGUGGCAUGCGCCCGCACUACUUCGCCAAGACAAGCCCUACCCUCUCUGCUCUGCUGUCUGGCAAAUCUGCUGCCAGCGCCUACCCAACACCUCCCGCUUCACCACGCAUGUCACAUACCCCCGCUUCAACCCCCACUCCUCAACCCCAAGCCACACCAACAGAGCAACAAGCUAUGCUUGCUGCCGUUGCCUCACAAACUCUCGUUCGCAAACUCGGUUCCGCGUUCUGGGACGCAUUCUCUGGCUCUUCCUCUUCGUCAGGUCCCUCAAUUAGGAAAGAUUGGGAUGCUGAGAAGGUUAGGAAAGUCCUCGAGGGCAAGGCUGUGGUUCGCGUGGUGGACGUUGAUCCUCAACCUCAACAACCUUCUCCUAAGCCUGCUCCAGUCAGUGAGCGCUCGUCACCGUCAGCAUCGCCGAAAAUGUUGCCUGUGGCCGAUAAGAAGAAUUGUGGAGGAGCGUGCUUUACUGGUGUGACGAAUCUCCUCGAGGAGGGUAUUCGGAAUAUGCACCUGUAGAGCCGUUGGGUUGUCGUUGCUAUCUGUCGCUGUUGUUGUCCUUGCUGUCGUUGUCAUUUGGAAUGUGAUAUAGGAUCCAGGGUCUCGUUUGUUUGUAUAAGAAAAGGACAGUGAAAGAACUGAAGAAAUAUCAGUUUCUCGUUUUUCAUUCUCUUUUCCCUUCUUCAUCAUUAAUAUGUUCCCAUCUUGCUCGUCUUUACUGCAUAACUCCAUCCAAUAAUUGGUCUCCUUUCCACUCGUCUCUCCUUUUCCUUGAUUCCUCUUGAGAAAGUUCUCGCCACCCCAACUCUCCUUCCCCAUUUCCUGUUGUCCAUUUUUGAUUCCUCUCGAUUGCCGAGUACUCUCUUGCUCCUCUCCGCUCCGUAGAUAUCGAUAUUCGUCUUUGCGACUCGGCUUGUACAUAUAUCUCUCCUAUCCUCAUCGUAGGUACAAUUGAAUGAACAAGGUUCAUAUCAUAUCCGAACUCGAAUGUUUAUUAUG